UUUAAAACCGAUCAAAACGGAGGGGAGAGAUCCGACACGCGGGAAGGUGCUGAAUCCGAUCAAAUGCCGGCUUCUCAAAAGAUUCUAAUUUCUGAGUUUUAAUUAUUGAUCAGAUAACAGAACAUCAAUGCAUCGUUUCAGUUUAUCGAUCGUAUUCUUCCAAUUUUUCCUCUUCUUUCCUUCAAGAAUUUCUGCGAUCAGGAAUCAUAUAGGCUUAGCAGUAAAGAACACAUGUAGGAGCACUAUUCAGGGAAGAUAUUUACUGACGGAUGAUAAUGGUCGUGUAUGUGAUGCUUUAUCUAUUGAUCCACUAUCUCAUUGCUGCCUUGGCAAAGGGGACAAAUUUUCUUGUCAUGGGUGCAAUCUUGUUUCACAAUGUUGCAAUUCGUAUGAAUAUUGUGUUUCAUGCUGCCUAAAUCCUUCAAAGACAAAAGGAGAACAAAUACUAAAAAUCAAAAUUUCCAAGCCAGCCACGGCAGGGACAUAUGCCAGUGUCUUUGAUUUCUGUGCUGGGAGGUGUCGUCAUAAUUCUGAGAGUGUUGUGCAUGAAAAUGCUUAUCACGGUGAUUACCAUCAUUGCUUUUCCCUGCCAUCAUAUUCUUCAGGAGUGAGCAGCACACAACUAGAAUUCAGACUGAAUGGCAUCAAUGUCAUUGUUGGAAGACAAGGAGAAUCAUGUGAUUCAGUUUGCAAGUCAAAUGGACAAUCAUGCGUCUCAAACAAGAUUUUGGUCCUAAAUCAUUGUGACAUAAUACAAAAAUACAUGAGCUGCAAAGGAGGUUGCAUAGAAAGUGUUGGGCCUGAUCACCCUGCUGAAGUUGCUUAUAAUGCUCCUGAAGAACUGAAUCCAGGAGCAUGCUUAUAUAGUAGCGCACAGUCAAUACUUACUUGUGAUGGCUCACACCCACAUACCAUGAGACUUUGCCCUUGUGCGUAGCACAACUUUUCUAGGGGCGUUGUGUUGUUGGCCGUGGAUUCAAGUUUCUUGAAGAACUGGGGGGACGAGCUUUUGUUCCAAACAAGGUGCUGCUCUGUUUUCUCUCUAUUGGAUUUAAUUAGUGUCCUUUUUGGACGUAUUUUCCACCAUUUUUGCUUCUGCUUUUGUUUAUACUUUCUCUGCAGUUCUUCCUAUUCCGUACUUAUGGUUUCAAGUUCUGUGAUUAUUCUAUUUUUUCUCAAAUUUUCAAAUAUUUUUUUAAGUUCAACUCAUAAAACUUCGAGAAAAUAUAUAGAUUUAAACCUCUGGCCUCUACUUCUACUUUGUUUCUAU